CAAAAAGUCUUGAAAGACAAACCAAAUUUAGUUGGUCCAAUUCAUCAAUACAUUUUUGAGAAAGAAAAAGCGAAGAGCAAAAUGAAUAUGGAGGAUGGUUUGAAUCUUACAUUGGGAUUACCUGGAAGAGGAGAAGAAGAAUCAACCGUUUCAUGCUUCAAGAACAACAAUAAACGGUCGCAGCCUGAAACCAAUGAUGACUGCAAUGAAUCCAACCAAGCCAAAGAGGGUGACAUGGAAACUUCACCUGCAGCCAAAUCACAAGUGGUUGGAUGGCCGCCAGUGCGUAAAUACCGAAGGAACAGCUUCCAACCAAAGAAGACAGAGGCAGAAAGUGGGAUGUAUGUAAAAGUAAGCAUGGAUGGUGCACCUUAUCUUAGGAAGAUUGACUUGAAGGUCUACAAGGGUUACCCGCAACUCCUUGAAGCUUUGGAACACAUGUUCAAACUCACUAUUGGUGUGUAUUCUGAAAGAGAUGGAUACAAAGGGUCUGAGUAUGCACCUACAUAUGAAGACAAAGAUGGUGAUUGGAUGCUUGUUGGAGAUGUUCCAUGGGAAAUGUUCAUGUUAUCUUGCAAGAGAAUGAGAAUCAUGAAAGGAUCAGAAGCUAAAGGGUUGGGGUGCAAUGUAUGAAGGCCACCAAACCAAAGAUGAGAUAUCAAGUAAAUCAUGGAGUGGAAGAGAAGAGAUGGAAUCUUUCAGCUUGAGUUCUCCAAGAACUAUUUUCAUAAUUUUGAAUAUGUCCUCUGUAUCAAUGAACUUUUUACUGGAGAAGUUCCAAGAAACUUAGGCAUUACUGAAAACUAAGUCAAUCCAAAGUAUGUGAUCAUAUAUAGUUUUGCUUUUGUAAAUUUGUGGCAGGAAUAUCAGUGAUGUUUUUUGAUGCUGUA